AUGUCAAUCAACACCUCUGAUUUCAUUUUACCUGAAAGAAAUCUAAAAAUGGCUUCUUUUCUUAUUUUCUUCUUCUUCUUCUUCUUCUUCUUCUUCUUCUUCUUCUUCUUCUUCUUCUUCUUCUUCUUCUGUGCUCCACUCAAACCAUUACAUUUCAUUUCUGUUGAAAGCACAAAAGUGCCAAUACUUUCUUCUAUUUUACCAAUUCUUCUUCCCACCUUCUCUCUUUCUCUGUCUCUCUCCCUCCCUCUCACCCACCGUCUCUCCGUCUCUCCCUCCCUCUCUCAGUUUUUUCAUUCACUGCUAUCUAUCUAUCUAUCUAUUUCCGUCUUCACAUUAUCUAUCUACCUAUCUAUAUAUCUUGUACGCAAAAUCAUUAGCAUUUACAUUUUUUCUACCCACAUUCGAUUGUCAAUGCUCAACUAUAAAAAUAGCCAUUGUCUAUCUGUUUAUAUAAAUUGA